GCUACUGUUUGCUACUUUUGGGUCAUUAGCUUGACGUCUUAUUCAUAAUAAUAUUAUUUUUAAUUUAUUAAUCAUUUAAACUAAUUUAUAACGGAUGCAUCGAAAUUGAAUUGAUUGAAAAAGAAACUAUUUUAAGAAUUCUGACCAUCAAAUACUGAAAAACCAUAAAUUAAAAUUAAUCAAGAAUAAAAAUAGCGCUUCAGUGACUAUUAAACAAACUGUCGUUUUCCCGUUGUUUCUGUUUAUAUUCUUUAACCUCCAAAUAUUAACGUGAUUUUGUUUCGUGUAAGUUCAUAAGAAAUAAAUAUUUUGCAAUGGCGUCGGGUUUGGAAAGUUAUGUUAAUCAUACUGUUUCUAUUAUUACAUCUGACGGUCGUAAUUUUAUUGGUACUUUAAAGGGUUUCGAUCAAACAAUUAAUUUAAUCUUAGAUGAAUCGCACGAGAGGGUCUAUAGUACAACACAUGGAGUUGAACAAGUUGUUUUGGGAUUGCACAUUAUUAGAGGAGAUAAUGUGGCUGUCGUAGGUGAAUUGGAUGAUGAAAUGGAUGCUCGUUUGGAUUUAUCAGUAAUACGUGCAGAACCACUUAGUUCUGUAGUACAUUGAACAAUAAUAUAUAUUAAUUUGUAUUUAUGUCGUUAAAAAGCAUAUAAAUAUGAUUGUAUUUUGAUUUGCAAUCACAAUACUGUAAAUAGUUAUAUUAUAAAUUCUAAAAUGCGAAGCACAAAUUAUGUAAAAAAAACU